AUGCCAUAUACUCAACCUCCUGUCGAUGAACUUCGAUUUCAACUCCCGCAGUCAUUGAACACGUCAUGGACCGGAUUGAAGAAUGCUACGGAGUACAGCCCCGAGUGCAUUGGCUAUGGUAGCGACACAUGGGUAUUAGGCAACAUCAUCUCUGAGGAUUGCCUUACUAUCAACGUCGUCCGUCCGAGUUAUAUUCCACCUGACACUCAACUGCCCGUUAUCUUCUGGAUUCAUGGAGGCGGCUUUACAGAUGGUGGCAGCCGUGAUCCGCGAUACAACCAGUCAUUCAUGGUUCAACAUUCAGUCGAAAUCGACCAGCCCAUCAUUGGUGUCAGCAUCAACUAUCGUUUGUCGGGCUGGGGAUUCCUUUGGGGAGAGGAUGUUGCCAAAGAGGGCUUGGGAAACCUGGGUCUCCGUGAUCAACGUCUGGCCCUUCACUGGGUCCAAGAGAACAUCGCUGCAUUUGGUGGUGACCCAUCCAAGGUUACAAUUCAAGGUGAAUCAGCCGGUGCAGCAUCUGUGGGUGUGCAUCUUGUCGCCUUCGGAGGCCGUAAUGACAGUCUCUUCCGUGCUGCCAUUACAGAAUCAGGCGGUCCAACAGCCCAGGCCUACUACGUCAGUGCAUCUGAGUGGGAGCCCAAUUACGAGAAAAUCACUCAACUGGCUAACUGCAGCAAUGCUGCUGACACGCUGGACUGCCUUCGAAAAGUCCCCACCGAAACACUGAGCAAUAUCUUUAAUUCCUCGAGUGUCGACCCUUCUGCAGGAGUAGUGAUUGACGGCGACCUUCUUCCAACCUCAGCUACUACCCUGACAAAGAAUGGUAGCUUCGUCAAGGUCCCCUACCUGAUUGGAACCAAUUUUGACGAAGGUACUCAGUUCGGUGUACAGGGCAUAAACACAGAUGCCGAGUUCAUCGCAUCGAUUAAAUCCAAUGCGCCGCUUCUCAACGACUCUGUUGUCGACACCGUCACCACACUAUACCCAGACAUCCCAGAGAUCGGCAUCCCAGGGACUUUGCAUGGUCGACCGGCUUAUAAUUCAACCUGGGGUUAUCAGUGGAAGCGAGCCGCUGCAUACGGAGGAGACUUGUACAUGCACACGGGCAGACGUAUCACGACCCGGGCGUGGGCCGAGCAUGGUGUACCGGCUUACUGUUACCACUUCAAUGUUCUUGUUAAUGGUGAAAACAUGUAUGAAGGAAGCUCACACUUCCAAGAGGUAGCUUUCGUCUUUGAUAACAUCCAAGGUGUUGGUUACAACACCUCUGUGGCAGUUGACCCGUUCGCCAAUGAACCCAGAACCUUUGAUCAGCUCGCCAGCAUGAUGUCGGGGGCUUGGAUUAGCUUUGUCAACACGCUCGACCCUAAUCGCCAUGCACUCGGUGUUGAUGGCGUUAACCAGGAGGGCCUGCAGUGGCCUGUAUACACAGUGACAGAUCCGAAGAACAUUGUUUUCAAUGUCAACGUGACAGGAAACGCAUACAUCGAGCCAGAUGUUUAUCGUGCCGAGGCAAUUCAUUACAUGGCGGCUAACUUUGAUACCAUCUGGGGGCGCUAG